AUGUUUUCCUCCUCCCUUUCCUCUGCGCUCGCCGCCCUUUUCCUUGCCUCUUCCUUUGCCGCCCCCGCUCUUUGUCGUGCCCCCGGCCCGUUCGCACACCUCCGCCGCUCCGCCUCCUCCCACCUCGCGAGCCGCGAUGCCAGCGACUACCUCGACAACCUCCUGUACAUCAACAAGAAUCUGACCAGUCUUUACCUGGCCAUCGAGGUCCAACAGCAGACCUACGCCGCCUACCUCGACAGCAGCUGGAGCGGCCUCAUCCUCUACGACGGCAAGUACGCCGCCGCACAGGGAAACGUGCGGACGAUCACUAUCGACGAGAGCGUCCAGAUCCAGGUUCAGGAUGGCCGUGAGACGGUCGGGAUCUUUGACGAGGAGUUUACCGUCGAGUACUUCUCCGCGGGCAGUUGGCCUGAUGGUCUGCCGGCGAUCAACUACGACACCAUCAAGUCGGCCUACCUUGGUGUAGACAUGACCCAGCCGAUGAACCCCAUCUACUCCUACCUCGCUACCAAAUGGCCCCAGGACUACAGCAAGUGGUACUACGACACCCUUACGUUCUACGACUGGACCGAGGCCUCCCCCUCUGACUCCGCCGUCAGCCUGGCCGGUGUCAUGGUCCCUGGCGAAACCCUUUCGUGGGAGUCCCUCAGCGUUAACUCGAGCAUCGUUACGCAGUACGGUCUCCCCGACCUCAACGGCAUCAACAGCGAGCCUUAUGUCUACACUCGCGGUGACGGCACGAUCUACACUGACCGCUACAUCUACGUCUCUGACCAGCAGUACUUCACGAACACCUCUGUCUACCAGGCAGACUCGUCUAAGGUCGUCGUCGCCAUCGACACCUCGAGUCGCUGGUCCGUCAUGCCCUCCGAAUGGGCCGACGCGAUUUACGGCAGCAUCUCUGGUGCCAAAGUCGUCGCCGGAGACAGCUACCACUACUACGCAAUCCCCUGCGAGGCUGAAAUCAAGCUCGAGAUCUCGAUCGACGGCGCAAAGUACCAGGUGUUCUCCGAGGUCCUGGUCGCCAAGAACCCGGACGGGAGUGGCGAGUGCAUGGGUUCCAUCGUCAUGCCCGGCGGCGGCGCGGUCGACGCUCGCCCUGAAUACGACGUCAUCUUCGGCUUCCAGUUCAUGUCUGCGUUCUACUACCGUUCCGGUCUCGACCAGCAGUCCAACUCGCCUUACUAUAAGUUCAUGCCCAUCCAGCCCUCAAACGACAACUGGAAGACGGCGGGCGCGAUGAACGGCUACACCUCUGCCUUCGCCUCCUACGCUUCGUCCUCCGCGUACACAACCUCCGAUUCGGUCGCGUAUGCGACUUCCGGUUCGAGCGCGUAUAUGACCUCCAACUCGAGCGCGUAUGCAACCACCGAUUCCAGCGCGUAUGCAACCUCCGAUUCCAGCGCGUAUGCGACCUCCUCGACCUCGGUCUACGACUCCUCGGCUUACCCACGUCCUCCGUUUCCCAGCACGCCCGCGUACACCAGCAGCGCGUACAGCUACUCGUCCGCUUCCUCGUCCGACUACGGCGACGACAAGGACACCCUCAUCGCGCAGGGCGCCGUCGCGAACGACGGCACGUCGGGCGAGGACUCGUGGGAGAAGAAGGCGAAGCUCUACGAGAUCAUCAUCAUCGUCCUCGCCGCCCUCCUCGGGCUCGGCAUCCUCGGCGGGAUCAUCGCCGUCGUCUCGCACGAGAGCAAGGGCGCGCUGUACGGCGCCGAGGGCGGCUCGUCGCGCUACGCGGACCCGUACGCCGACGGCCACUAA